AAACAACAGUGAAACAAUUUUCAACGAAAUUUUUCGCGUGUUGCUGAAAUUUUCUAGAGAAUCAGACUUAUUUUCGAUUAACUAGCAUGCCGCUGCGUUUCUGCAACUAAAAACAUCGGUUCGCCCAGCUCCCACUCCCAGCGGUGACCUACAUUAUGCAGACUGCCGUGCGUGGAAGAUGUAACACUUGUAGAAGUCGCGACAAUUCCAUAACUUUCGCAAAAUAAACUUCAAGUGACAGGAAUACGUGAUGUGGAAGCUAAGUCGAACAAAGUCGUGCGUAGUCAAAAUAUACUUUUCAUUCACAACGACAAGAAAUUAAAAUGGGAAGCGGUAUCUUAUCAUUGUUUCCCAGGAACAACAGGUAGGAAGCAUAAGCCACGAAAGAAUGACCAGAUAAGUCGGCCUAAUAACAGCAAUGUGUACCUGACAAAAGGCCUAUGCUUUAUAUGGGCAGAAGCGCCCAUACAUUUCGUGGACUUGAAAUGACAACAAAUUUGAUUUAAGUAACGUUCAACAAUUGCAGUGAACUCCCAGAUACAGAAAGAUGGAGCAUGCAGAUCUUGUUGCCGAAAUGGCUCAUGUUGAGCACUUGAGCACUCAGGAACGCCUCCAUCUGGCUCGUCGGCGGAGGCUACAACAGCUGAAAUUAUGGAGCCAGCGCGAGAAAGAAUGGAUGAGGCACAGGGGAAACUCCAGAGAAAUCAGCAAGUCAUCAAAGCGGCAUAUAUAUUUUAGUGACAGUGUAAUGCUGCUAGAAGCAGCAGCCAGAAAUGAUAUAGAUGAAGUGAGAAGACUUUUAAUGAAAGGUGUUAGUCCUGACUCAACAAAUGAAGAUGGCCUUACUGCUUUGCAUCAGUGCUGCAUAGAUGACAAUGAGGAAAUGAUGAAACUGCUUAUAGAGUAUGGAGCAAAUGUGAAUGCAGAAGAUAGUGAAAAAUGGACUCCUCUUCAUGCCGCAGCUACUUGUGGCCACUUACAUCUUGUUAGAUAUCUCAUUAGUAGGGGUGCCAAUUUACUGGCUGUCAAUGCAGAUGGAAAUAUGCCAUAUGACAUUUGUGAAGAUGAAGCUGCACUGGACUAUAUAGAGAGUGAGAUGGCACGAAGAGGUGUUACGCAAGAACUUAUUGAUGAAACACGUGCUUCCACUGAAACUCAAAUGCUACAAGAUCUGCAGGAAGCUGUUGCCCUUGACCUGGAUAUUGAAGCCGCUGAUCAGCAGGGAGCCACACCUCUACACAUUGCUGCGGCCAAUGGAUAUCUAAGAGUGGUGGAAUAUCUCCUAGAUCAACAUGUUUCAACAGAAGUCAGAGACAAUGAUGGGUGGCAGCCUGUCCAUGCAGCAGCCUGCUGGGGUCAUCUGGAGGUUCUGGAAAUGCUGGUACAGAAUGGCGCUGAUCUGAAUGCGAAAACACACCAUGAUGAAACUCCUGCAGAUAUCUGUGAAGACCCAGAACUCCGAGAACGCAUCCUUCAGUUACGUACUGAACAAGAAACAAAACGAAUGCAAGAAGCAAAGAAGGGUCGUGUAAAACGUUCACAGUCGAAUACGCGUACACAGUCUGUGAGAAGAACAUCCAUCCGUGAUAAAGUUCUUACCACAAAGAAAGACACUGUUGAAGAAGCUAGGUUGAGGUUGCAAGCCCGGGAAGUGUUUGCUCCUCAACCGGAUGAUGGGGACUCACGUGCAGCUUCUGAUGUAUCAACAGAAAACUUUGUCAAUGGCAAUGUAGCACGCCCGGGACAAGAAGUUGUGCCAAAUGCUGCUCGACAUGCACCUGAUGGCAAGGAUGAUUCUAGUGGAAUGGCUGCUGUUGUAGAAGCCCAAGAUGUGAAAGGUCCUCCAUCAGCUCUAGAAAUACCUGCAGAGACUAGUUACGUGACUGAAGGAAAUGGUAAAAUAAACAUAAACGUCACGGUGACAAUCAAUGCAGGAACAUUGGCUGACUUAAAGAAACAACGAGCACAGAUUAGAAACAGCAGUCCAACAGAAGUGACUGGUGGUUCUGCACCACUGUUACUAUCUCCUGCAUCAGUGACAGGAUCUGACAUGCUACUGACUGACAGCUCUGCCUCACCACCUGUGAGGCGUUUCACUGGUAACACUAGUGAAAUUGUUGGUGAUCCACGUACCCGCCGUUGCUGCAUCAUCUCGUAA